GGUUGGUUUCGGGCUGGACAGGAAACAGUAAUUCGGGAACGCGCAUCCCAUGUAGGCGCACUCCCGGCUGAUUUCCCCGGAAUGGAGCAGCGAGCCAGUAACGGCGGUGAAAACCGUUCACUUCUGAACACCACAAUAUUGCAUUGACACCCGGAUUUGCGACACAUUUAAACCUACCCGUUUUUACGUUGGAAUCCCGAGGAAAACGUUCUGGAUUUGUGACAGGUUGUUUCCUGCCAGGACCUUAGUGGGCGGUGAGCUUGGCUGGCUAGCUAUACACCGAAGAUGGAGCAGCUGUCAGACGAGGAGCUGGACCAUACAGAGGGAGGAGGAGAGGAGGAGGACAGUGAUAAAGAAGAUCAGGAUCUAGACCAGAUGUUUGGAGCCUGGCUGGGAGAGCUGGAUAAACUCACACAGAGUCUCGAUGAUGGCUUCACAGAGACUGUAAAGAAGGCCCCUCAGAAAGCCCCUCUCAGACAGGAGACCAACAUGGCUAACUUCUGCAACCGCUUCUCCAUGUACAACAUUAACGAGGCUCUAAACCAGGGUGGAGACGGUGUCGACCUGGAUUCCCUGAUGGCAGACCUGUGUUCCAUAGAGCAGGAGCUGACCACCACCGGCAAGCCAAACGCCAAGCUCCGCCAUAAACCCACCGCCGGGCACAGCAGCAAGGGGCACGGUGGAGCUGGAGGGAGUGGAGGAGGCACCUCCAGCAGCGGGGACAGUACCUCCUCCAGUACCCGGGCCUCACCGGCCUCUACGGUGGCCGCUCGCCACGGGCGCCCCAUGGCUUCCAACCUGUCCCUGGAUGAUAUCACGGCCCAGCUGGAGCAGGCGUCUCUCAGUAUGGACGAGGCUGCUAGACAGAGCUCCCACUCCCUGGCCAGCGCCUCUUCCAACUCCACCUACUCCACCAUGCGGAGGCCCGCCUCCCACCAUCACACACACCGCCGGACAGGCUCGGUGGGGACGGUCAGCGAACACGAGGUCCGGUCUUUCUCCCUCUCGUCUCGGUCGUCGGUGAACUCUGCUUCGGCCAGCAGCAUGGAUUCUCUGGAUAGGCCCUUGGAACAGGACGGGGCCACUCCUACACAACAAGGACCCAGUCAGGGCCCCCCAGGCAACACCGAGCACUCCUAUCUGGACAGGGAAACAUCCCUGAUUCUGAAAAAUAUAGCCGGAAAACCCUCUCACUUGCUGACCAAGGAAGAACAGGCUGCCAAGACCAAGGCAGAGAAGAUCCGUGUGGCUCUGGAGAAGAUCAAGGAGGCCCAAGUUAAAAAGCUGGUGAUCAGAGUGCACCUGUCAGACGAGAGCUCUAAAACCAUGAUGGUGGACGAGAGACAGACGGUCAGACAGGUUCUGGACAGCUUGUUGGACAAGUCCCACUGUGGCUUCAGCCCCGACUGGUCCCUGGUCGAGACCAUCAACGAACUGCAGAUGGAGCGUAUCUUUGAGGACCAUGAGAACCUGGUGGAGAACCUUCAGAACUGGACCAGAGACAGUCAGAACAGACUGAUGUUCAUAGAACGCAUCGAGAAGUACGCCCUCUUCAAGAACCCACAGAACUAUUUGUUGGGGCGGAAGGAGACGUGUGAGAUGGCAGACAGGAACAAGGAAGCACUACUGGAGGAGUGUUUUUGUGGCAGCGCCGUCUCUGUACCUGAGAUGGAGGGAGUACUCUGGCUGAAGGAGGAUGGGAAGAAGAGCUGGAAGAAGAGAUACUUCCUGCUCAGAGCCUCUGGGAUCUACUAUGUACCUAAAGGAAAAGCCAAGGCUUCCAGAGAACUGGUGUGUUUCCUCCAGCUGGAUCAUGUUAAUGUGUACAACGGACAGGACUACCGCAGCAAGUACAAGGCUCCCACAGACUACUGCCUGGCCCUCAAGCAUCCUCAGAUCCAGAAGAAAUCCCAGUACAUCAAGUACCUGUGUUGUGAUGACGUCAGAACCCUACACCAGUGGAUCAAUGGGAUACGCAUCGCCAAGUAUGGGAAGACCCUGUAUGUGAACUACCAGGAGGCUAUGAAGAGGACUGAGGCAGCCUACGACUGGUCUUCUCUCUCUAGCUCCUCUAUCAAGUCUGGAUCCAGCUCCUCCAGCCUGCCUGAGUCCCAGUCUACCCACUACAGUAGUGAUAGUGGUGUUGCUGUGUCAGAGAACAACCUGUCAGGCCACAGCCGCUCUCAGAGCCAGGUCAGCUCCAUCUUCUCCGAGGCCUGGAAGAGAGGCACCCAGGAUGAGUUGAGGAUGGAGUCAGUGAGCAGACCCUAUCCCCUGAUGCUGCCCUCCAUGCACCAGUCAGCCCCCCCUUCCCGAACCAGCUACACCAGUGUCUCCCCCGAAUCCUCCCACUCUCCCCCCGACCCUCCACCUCCUUCUCCUCCCCCACUUCCCCACCCCCCUCACCAGGCUGCUCCUACCAACUUUGUCAAGUACAGCACCAUCGCCCGCCUGCAGGGUGGCGCCAACCAGGCUGCCAAUCAUUACAGUGCCCAACCAAUGGGCCAGCAGCAAGGCCCUCCGGCCCCGCCCCUCCAGUCUGUCAAACCCAACUACAACACGCUCCCAUUGGCUCCCACUAACUACAACACCAUGCCAUUGGCUCCGAGCAACCCUCCUCCUCCUCCCCCUUGUUCCAUGCCUGCUCCAGGCUCUGCCAUGGCCUCUCUGAGGUUCAGCCUCCCCAGCUCUGUUCCUCAGUUCAUCCCCCCUCCUCCCCCCCAGGCCCAAACACUGCCCCCCCCUCCUCCCCCAGAAGAGGACCACCAGUGCCCCCCUCUCAGUAACACUGGGUUGCAGCAGUUCUUGGCCCAAAAAUUCCCCAAUAUGAACUAUGAUUUCUCUGAGCUGGAUGGCCAACCUGAGUCCCCUCCUCCUCCUCCCCCUCCUGCCCUCUCCCCCCUGUCCCCCAUACUGCCACCCCCCACACCUCCCAAAACCUUCUCUGGUGUCUUCGCGCCCCAGACUGCUCCUAAGACCUUUGGUCCAGGGAUCCCCCUGUCCCCAGUGUCGCCCUACCCUCCUUCUGGUCCAAUGAAAAAGCAGCAAAGCUUCUCUACAGGCCAUUCGCCCAAUCAGCCGCCUUCCACGAUGCCCAAACAGCACAUCUUCUCCUCUAAAACCCUCCCUCUGUCCGCCCCCAUCUCCCCCACUCCCUCCCUGGCCAAACAGAUAGUCAACCAGUUCCCAGGAGCCCCCCUGCCCCCACAGUCACCCCCGGCGGUCAAGGCUAAACCAAGAUGGCAGCCAGGGGGUCAGAUCCCACCUCAGUCCCCUGAAUUCCCCCUUCCUCCUCCUCUCCCUCCUUCUGAGAUGUGCUCCCCCAUUAAGAAGUCUCCCUCCACCUCAUCAACCGGCUCCUUCGGGAAGAGGGGGCCUCCUCCCACUCCCCAGCGCGCCUCCUCCAUCAAGUCUAACUCCUCAGGGGAGUACCAGGAAGAGGCCCAGGUCCAGAGGCAGCCUAAGAAAGUGGAGUCUCUGGUCAGUAAGUUUGCCCAGCCUGGCCUCGGCUCCUGCAACUCCUCCACCGCCACCUUCUCUGGAUCUCCUGCUAAAGAUGUGGGGUCUCCUGCUCUUCCUGCUCCUCCUAAACCAGGCAAGCUGAACCUGUCAGCUCUCCCUCUAGUCCUCCAGGGUCUACAGACAGGGCAGCACCGCCAGCCCAGUGAAGAGUUCCCCUCUCCUCCUCAGUACCGCCAACCUAGUGAAGACUUCCCCUCUCUUCCUCAGUACCGCCAGCCCAGUGAAGAGUUCCCCUCUCCUCCUCAGUACCGCCAACCCAGUGAAGAGUUCCCCUCUCCUCCUCAGUACCGCCAACCCAGUGAAGAGUUCCCCUCUCCUCCUCAGUACUGCCAGCCUAGUGAAGACUUCCCCUCUCCUCCUCAGUACCGCCAGCCUAGUGAAGACUUCCCCCCUCCUCCUCCCGACUCUGAGCUGCUCCCCCCGCCACCCCUCCUCUCUGAGCUCCACCCGGGGGCCCCCAGGGUCGCAGUGGUAAACCCCCAGCCGCAGGCCACGCCCAUCUCCCACCCCGUCAGCCAAUCAUCAUGGAAGACCCAGUCACUCAAGAAGACUCCGCCUCUGACACUGCACAGGCUGUCCCGGAGUCACACGGUCCAGGAGCCCUUACCCCUGUCCCCUCCAUACCAGCACCAGCAUACCCCCCCAGCCUCCUUUGCCUGUCCCCUGCCCCCCACCUCCCCCGGGGUACCUAAGGGGGGCGGUACCCUCUCCUCGGUCCAACCCAACUUCCUGGAGGACCUGAACCGGACCUUGAAGAGGAAGUCCAUCUCACGUCAUGGCUCCCUCACGCGGCACGGUUCCUCCCGGCUGGAACCGGUCUCCAUGGACGACAUGGCCCUCCCUCCUCCACCCCCUCCGGACCAACAUAGGGGGGGGCAGGGCGGGGGCCAUGGGUACAUGUCCUCAGGCUAUGCAACGUUACGGCGGGGGCCGCGCCCUGCCCCGCCAAAACGGGAUGAAAGCACCAAACUGACGGGUGAGUGGUAGCUAGGGGGAUGAGGAGGACUUGGGCCGAGCUGCCCAGGCUAUGGGACCCAGCAAGGUCCCAGUCUACAGACUAUGGACCCAUCAAGGCUACAGUCUACCGACUGACUACAGGCUAUGGACCCAUCAAGGUCCCAGUCUACAGACUGACUACAGACUAUGGACCCAUCAAGGCUACAGUCUACAGACUGACUACAGACUAUGGACCCAUCAAGGUCCCAGUCUACAGACUGACUACAGACUAUGGACCCAUCAAGGCUACAGUCUACAGACUGACUACAGACUAUGGACCCAUCAAGGCUACAGGCUAUGGGACCCAUCAAGGCUACAGGCUAUGGGACCCAUCAAGGUCCCAGUCUACAGGCUAUGUACCCAUCAAGGUCCCAGUCUACAGACUGACUACAGCCUAUGGACCCAUCAAGGUCCCAGUCUACAGACUGACUAAAGACUAUGGACCCAUCAAGGCUACAGUCUACAGGCUAUUGGACCCAUCAAGGUCCCAGUCUACAGACUGACUAAAGACUAUGGACCCAUCAAGGCUACAGUCUACAGGCUAUUGGACCCAUCAAGGUCCCAGUCUACAGACUGACUACAGCCUAUGGACCCAUCAAGGUCCCAGUCUACAGACUGACUAUAGCCUAUGGACCCAUCAAGGUCCCAGUGUACAGACUGACUACAGACUAUGGACCCAUCAAGGUCCCAGUCUACAGACUGACUACAGACUAUGUACCCAUCAAGGUCCCAGUCUACAGACUGAUUACAGCCUAUGGACCCAUCUAGAGCACAGUCUACAGACUAUAUGGACCCUACAGGCUGCUCUCCCUACAAACCAAACGGACCCGAAACGUUCUUAUUAUACAAUAAGAAACGUUCAUUAUGGCGUGCACUAAUGAAUACGACCCAGAACUCGGCCUGUCUCCUCUCGUCUCCUCUCGUCUCCUCUCGUCUCGCCUCCUCUCCUCUCGUCUCGUCUCCUCUCAUGCCACACAGACAGGACUGAGCUGGAUGAAGCACCUGUUCCUUGUAAAUCCCAGAUUGUUAUUCCAUCCUUUUGCCUACAUUAUAAUAACUCUGUGAAAAGAGAGAGCAAGUUAAACCACCUAUCAAGCUUUUCCACAUGUUUGUGCCGCUUUGCAUUGAAUUAUAACUAAAAAAUAAACAAGAAUUCAGCUGCAAUA